UGGAUGUGGAACUAUGAAGUCACACAACACAUGUGGAUCAAACUCUCAGGAGGGACCACGUGACAUGUCACCAUGUGACCAGAGGGUUGGAUGUUUAUUUGAACUUCAACGGAAAACCUAUGUCACUGGAGCUGACCUCUGUCCACUGUUGAUGUACUGGGGCGAAACCACGUGAUAUCAAAGGCGUCCACACUGACGCAAAACCGUCAAGAUGGACGAAGAGUCGCUGGAGGCUGAGAUCAGCACCUAUGAGGCUCAGGUGCAGCAAGUGGACGCCGCCCUGUCUGCAGGCCUGGACCCUGCUCAGACGUCUGAUCUGCUCAAACUCAAGGAAGACCUGUGUCAGCUGAUAGAACUCACCCGGUCCAGUCUGGUGUCAGUGAAGAAGAGCAACCUGCUGGCCAGUCUGGAGAACAUAGAUGAAGCCUCUUCCUCCAAUGGUUUGGCUGCAGAGCUCACUGCCUUCUACUCAGAGGUGGACACUGGUGGUGCGGAUAACCAGGAGGACGAGGAGGAAGAGGACGAGGAAGAGGAAGAAGAUAGUCUAAGUGGUUCCAAAGUCCGCGCCCCGUACCGGACUUCAUGGGGGACACUGGAGUAUCACAAUGCAAUGGUGGUGGGCUCUGAGCCAGCAGACGGAGAUGAAGCACAAGUCAAAGUCCUGUAUCUUUAUCCCACUCAGAAGUCCAUGAAGCCGUGUCCCUUCCAUCUGGAGGACAAGUGUCUCUACCAGGACAACUGCAGGUUUUCCCAUGGUGAGGUGGUCUACGUGUCGGAGCUCAGAGACUUUGUGGACUGUGACCUUAGUACUCUAGAAGAAGGCUCGUCAUGUCUGGCGCGUCACGAUGACGGCAUCUGGUACCCGGCCAGGAUCGCAGACAUGAAGGACACAUUCUACACUGUGAAGUUCGACUCACUGCUCAUGAAAGAUGCUGUCGUGGAGGCUGACGCCAUCAUCCCGCCUCUGAGGGAGGACGAGGCCGUCUCCUCCUCGGACUCAGAUGACGAGGACACGGAGGACAGAGUGGCGUACGCUCGAAUGGUGGACGCUGCCCAAGACUCUGCAGCAACAGUGGACCUGUCCAGUUUCGGCGGCUGGGAGGCUCACACACGCGGCAUCGGCUCGAAGCUCAUGCUGAAGAUGGGCUACGAGUUCGGGAAAGGUUUAGGGCGGGCUCAGGAGGGUCGAGUGGAGCCAGUGAUGGCGGUUGUGCUCCCGAAACUGAAGUCUCUUGACAAGUGCUUGGAGCUGACGCAGAGGCGCUCACGCAGCAGCGCGUCCAAGGAUGGCUCAGAGCCAGGUCAGAGGAAGAGGCGGCGCAGAAAGCCAAGAGCCUCCAACACGGAACGCUCCACUGUUUUUGACUUCCUCAAUAAGAAACUGAACAAAAGCGGCGACGCCGGCGUGGCGGGGGCCGCAAGCGAGUCGGUGGUGACGGGAGUGGAGGUGUACAACGGGGGGAAGAGCACCAAGAGGAACCUGAACGUGAAGCUGUUCCAGGCAGCUGAGAGAGUGUCCCAGACUGAGAGGGAGAUCCUCAAGCUGACCGAGUCGCUCGCCAGACACAACGGAAGGGAUGCCACCCGGGUGAAGCAGCUCCAGCAGCAGUUGUCGGCGGCGCGGCACCUGCUGACUCAGCAGAAAGCACAGGAAGCGUCCAUCCAGAAGGAGCACAAGAAGGCAGACACACACAAGAAGAUGACGGAGUUCUGAGUUUCCCCGUCUCCCUGAACUUCUCACCCUCAGCCCCGUCUGCUGCUCUGUAUAUUUUUACAUUGUUUAGCAUAAUGUCUUUGCAGGCUGACGGCAGCGACGGGUGAAGGUGGACCGAUCAUGAUUUUUUUUUUUUUUUUUUUUAAACUUUAAACAAUGUACAUUUGUUAUUCGCUUUUUCUGUCAUCACUAAAGAGUUUGUAAACUGUG